AUGAGUGAUUCUGAAGAAGAAUAUGAAGGAGAUCAAAUCCAACCAGACGAUGAAUCUGUCGAUGGAAAUGACAUAAGCGAUGAAGAAGGUUAUGACCUGAAUGUAGACUCUGGAAAACAUUAUGAGAAUGAUUCUCGUAGGUUCAAAAACAGUAAAAUUUCAUCAGAUGAAACUUGGUCAAACCAAUUUUUACCUUUCGAUAACUUACCUUUAACAAAGAACGUUGGGCCAAAGAAUAUUCCUGAUACUGUCAGAACACCUGGGGAUAUUUUAUUGAUGCUCUUAUCGGUAGAAAAUAUCGGAAACAUGGUUCAACAAACAAAUCUAUAUUAUCUAAAGAAUAAAAUUAAGAAUGACGUUCCCGUGACUGCAGAUGAGAUAAAGAAAUUUAUUGGAGUGAACAUAAUAAUGGGUGUCAAACUUUUACCGUCUUAUCGUGAUUAUUGGUCAUCAAAUUCUCAGUUGAAUGAUGCUUACAUAAGCUCGUCAAUGCCGGUCAAAAGAUUCUCUUUUCUGCUUAGUAAUUUGCAUUUGAAUGAUCAAACUAAAGAACCUAAAAAAGGAGAAGCUAAUUUCGACAAAUUAUACAAUAUAAGGCCAAAUAUUGACAGAAUUUCUGAAACUUAUUUGCAAUAUUAUGAUCCAACCAGAGAGCAAUCUAAAGAUGAGAGCAUGGUAAAGAAACCCAUAAAACAAGGAUAUAAGAUAUGGGUAAGAUCAGAUAUGAAUGGCUACGUAUGUGAAUUUCAAAUUUACACGAGAAAAAUUAAUAAUGUUACUAAGAAAAAUUUAGGAGAAAGAGUUAUCAUGAGUUUAUCUUAA